AUGCCAAACAAUCCUCCAACCAAUGUAUCCCGACCUGAACCCACUCAUCCAAAUAUCUUCCCACCACUUCAUGCCCAAAAUACCCAAAUCCCAUUUUACCACUACCACCAACAAACUAAACCAACCUUUCCAGAACCAAUUCCAAAUGUGAAUCCUUCAUAUACUCCUGGAAAUAACAACCUCAACCCCAUAUAUGUGGAAACCGCUCCUGUGACUCAUAACUACCAUGAAUCAGAGUCCUCCCAAAAGGAUAUUCUGAUAAAAACCCUGACUGAGAGAUUAGAUAACUUGGCUAACAAGGUGCAACAUGUGGAAGGAAGCAAGAGGUUGGGAGGACUGAGCUACGAGGAUUUGUGUAUGCAUCCCGACGUAGAACUACCUAAAGGAUACAAGCUUCCAAAGGGUGGGGAGAGACGACAAGAUACUCAUGAAGUUGUUUAUGAGGAGUCUCACUGGGAGACUCUAUCAUGGUAUAUUGAACAAGACCCUCGAAAAUGGGUUGAGUGGAUGGACAUGGCAACCGACUUCAUGAACAGGUUUGGAUUUAAUAUAGAAAAUGCACCUGACUGGUUCUACAUCCAAAACCUGAAGCAAAAGCCCAAUGAAUCAUUCAGGGAUUACGCCAUAAGAUGGAGGUCUGAGGCGGCCAGGGCCAGACCUCCCAUGGAAGAAUCUCAGAUGAAAGACUACUUCAUCCGUGCCCAAGAGCCACAAUAUUAUGACAGGAUGAUGCUUGUAGCUGAGAAGAGUUUCGCUGAAAUUAUUAAAUUAGGCGAAAGAAUUGAAGAAGGCAUUAAAAGUGGGACUAUCAUCAACCUAGAGGCCUUACAAGCCACCAACAAAGCUCUACAAUCUGGUGGAAUGGCAGAAAAUCGGAAGAAAACAGGUUCGGUCAUGAUGGCUCAGGGAACCAGAACCCCAUAUAAGUACCGAACAACAACCCCACCUCCAUCUCCAUAUCCCCAAACUCCAUAUCAUUCAGCUCCACCACCUAUAUCUCCCAACCCCAUGCCAAUAUAUUCCCAAAAUUCUCCUCCUCAAUAUCAUCAAGCUUCAUAUCCUAUUUAUAAUGCCCAGCUAACACACUUCCAAAGUCCACCACCCACCCAAACACCGAACUACCGAAACAGACCACCAUAUGAAAGAAGACCUGCGAAGAACUAUACCCCUCUGGCUGAGCCCAUAGCCCAGUUUUAUGAGAAACUGAAAGAGGCUGACUAUGUCACCCCAGUUUCUGCAUUACCUGUGGAUGUCCGCACAAAAUGGUAUGACCCUAACAAGGCCAUCCAUCUCAAGGAUCCAGCACCAAAUGUUGCAAACAACCCUCUGCCUAACCAUCAGGUCAACAUGGUAGAAGUUGAUGAUACCUUGGAUUGGGAGAAAUUCAUCUGGGUCCUUGAACCAGAAGAAUCAAUGAUUGUUAUCGCCCGGACUCCAAUAGUAGUGCAAAGGCGUUCUCCAUUUGAGGUUGAGGUUGCCAUGCCCAAGCCCCCAUUCAGCGUUCUCAGAGCUCCUCCCCCUCCCCAAUUUGAUACCUAUGCUGUCCCAUGGGAUUAUGGAAAGGGAAAGGCGAAAGUGGAAGAAGCAGAUACUGAAGCAAAAGUGACUAGAUCUGGAAGAAUUUACACUUCCGAAAAUUUGUUUCAAGGUAGCUCCAGCAAGUCCAAGGCACCAAUUGCAGAGUUUGAGGAUCAUGGUAUCUGGAAGAAGGCACAAGCUAAAGAGUACUAUAUUGUUGAUCAAUUGAGUAAAACCCCUUCCAAAAUAUCAAUCUUGUCAUUGCUUCAAUCUUUCGAAGCUCAUCGGAACGCUCUAUUGAAGGUCCUGGGUGAAGCCUAUGUCUCAUCUAGCAUCACUCAUGGAGAGGUAGCCCAAAUGGUCGGGCAGGUUUUUGAGGCUCCGGGCUCCGAUUUGAAUAUCUGCCCUCUGAGCACGUUGACAAGGCUAGGCAUGGAUAGUGCAAAGAUCCAAACCUGGAAGAUGAAUGUGAGAGCUUUUGAUGGCUCUCAAAGGGGUACUAUUGGGGAAAUAACCUUGGACAUGCGCAUUGGUCCUGCUACUUUCCCAAUACCUUUCCAGGUCUUAGACAUUCCAUCCUCAUAUAACUUAUUGCUGGGUUGUCCUUGGAUUCAUAUGGCUGGAGCAGUUCCCUCUACUCUUCAUCAAUGCUUGAAGUUUGAAUGGGAUCAUGAAGAGGUUGUAGUCCAUGCGAAAAAGGGACAUCCUGUAUAUGCGAUAGAAGGAAGAGGUCAUCUAGACGGUGAGAUGUACCAUACAGUUGAGCUUGUUGGCAACAUUGAACCACCUAGAGAUGGGUACUACUAUCCAUUGAAGAAACCCAUAUCACCGUUGCACCAAUCAUUCCGAUCAGCAGGUUUCAUGGGUGGCAUCAUGGACGAGCUUCUAGAAGACAUGAAAGGUUUGUCUCUGACCAAGGAGGAAGGGAAAGUUUGCAAUGUCGUGAUCAAUGCGGAGGAGAAAGGGGACCCUAGAGGAAGCAGUGAAGUGAAAAUCAACAUGAGCAUUUGGACCUCAACUCCAUCCAGACCUCGUCGGGCAUCUGGGUAG